AGUCACCCCGGUGACGCCUCCUCACUGUGAUAGAGGGCUGGAGAUAAAAAGGCCGACGCUCUCUCCUCCCACUAAGUCAGUACAUUAAAUUACUGUACCGGUGUAUGCAGCCGCACUCACACAGAAGACCGAGCGGGUGCGUUAACAGUAUAGUGGGGGACAGACUUAACCCCCCCCCAAAAGAAAAGACGAGAUAGGCUCUAUUUUGGCUAGGACACACCGCCCUCACUCAACCGGCUCUUCUCUCCUUUGUUUUCUUGGUAAAACUUCGGCCCCUCACCGGUUACCUUUGGCACGGAGUGUCCCCGUUUGACUGUCGUCUCGGGGGCUUUUUUUUUUUUGCUCUUCGUUUUUUAAGGGGAAAGAAACUUUUUACCGUGAGCCUUGGAGCCAGCUGGAAACAAAUAAAAGCCCUCAGGAAGGCUGCUUCUUAGCCAGUGGGAUGUUUGAGCUCUGGAAGCCGGACUGACUGAAGGAGCAUGGUGAAACACCAACCCCUCCAGGUCUAUGAGCGCCAGCUUUGUUUGUCAUGUAUCACUGGGAUCUAUGGUUGCAGAUGGAAACGCUAUCAACGUUCCCAUGAUGACACAACCAAGUGGGAGCUGCUGUGGUCCCUUAUCCUCCUCCUUACUUUCUGUCUCCUGCUUGUCUGGUUCUACUUCUGGUGGGAGGCACAUAACGACUACAGUGAAUUCAACUGGUUCCUGUACAACCGCUCUGGGGAAUGGAGCGAUGGCACUGUUCCCAUCCUGGCCACCACCGCUGCUGGCUUCACCUAUAUUGCUUUUCUAAUUGUUUUAGCACUUUGCCACAUUGCACUUGGGCAGCAGUUGAAUUUGCACUGGCUCCAUAAGAUAGGAGUUACUGCCGCCUUGCUCACCACCAUUGUUGGGGUCAUAUCUGUCAAUCAAACAUGGGUGCAAGAGUGGGAUGUCGUCCCCAUCUCCCUACAGGCUACGGGUCCGUUCCUGCACAUCGGGGCUCUUGCUGCAGUCACAGCACUGUCUUGGAUUGUGGCUGGACAGGUCACCCGUGCAGAAAAAAUGAUGUUCCAGGUGGUGGUGGUUUUGCUGUAUCUCAGUGUGUUACUAGCACUCUACAUGGUGCCCCUAUAUAUCACCUCUCCCUGCAUCAUGGACCCAGACACCCUGAAGCCACGCCCUGAUGUUAUUGGCCACCAGGGAGCCCCCAUGCUCGCACCAGAGAACACAAUUUGGUCCUUCCAGCGAGCUCUGCAGAUGAACGUCACCGGGUUGGAGGCUGACGUGGCCAUCAGUAUGGAUGGUGUUCCUUUCCUGAUGCGUGACCUUACCCUGCGAAGGACCACAGACAUAGAGAAAGUUUUCCCAGACAGACAGAUGGAAGAAGCCUCACAUUUCAACUGGACGGAUCUGCAGCAGCUCAACGCAGGACAGUGGUUCCUCAAGGAUGACCCCUUCUGGACCGUGCACACCCUGUCUACGCGUGAGAAGGAUCGGAUCGCCAACCAGAGUGUGUGCAGCCUGGAGCAGCUUCUAAAACUGGCCUCAUAUCACAACAGCACAGUGGUUUUCAGGCUGCGGAGACCUCCUCCAAAGCACCCCUGCUACCACAGCUGGAUCAAUGAUACACUAAGAGCUGUGCAGCAAUCUGGGGUUCCUCAAAGCCUGGUGAUGUGGACUCCUGAUGAGGACAGAGCUCAGGUGAGACAGCUAGCACCCGAUCUGAUCCAGACCUCAGUGGUGAAACAGAGCCCUCAAAUUCUGCAGCAUUCGGGCAUCAGCAGCCUGCUGCUCAGAUAUAACCAAGCCAGUACACAGGAAAUCAGGAACUUCUCCGAGGCCCACAUCAAUAUCACCCUCUACACAGUCAACGAGCCCUGGCUGUACUCGGUGCUCUGGUGCAGCGGGGUGUCAUCAGUCUCCUCAGAGGCCCCGCAUAUCCUCCAAAAGGUGCCUUACCCCAUCUGGUUAAUGAGACCAAAUGAAUACUGCCUGGCGUGGGUGUCUGCAGACCUCAUCUCCUUCGCUGUAGUCAUAGGAAUAUUCAUUUUCCAGAACUAUCACAUGAUCAGGUAUCGGACGAGCGGCAUGCGCAGCUAUAACCCUGAACAGAUCAUGCUGAAUGCUGCUGUCAGGAGGUCCAGUGGAGACAUCAACGUCAUGAAGGAGAAACUCAUCUUCUCUGAGGUGGGGAACGGAGUUGGCAGUGCUGAGGAGCUCUAUGGAGACAACAGUUACAAUUACUACGCCAAUCAGGGCAUCGGCCAGUGAUCUCAGCCCCGCAAGAUGAAAACAACACUACUCAGCGAUCCCGUCAUUCCUGCGACACUGUAAAGUGUCUCUCCACCUCUGCUGCCCCGAUUAACUAACAGACUGCAGUAUCUUUGUGUAUACUCUGUAAAUAGUAGUUUUUCCCCUCCCUCUCACGCAUACUGUAUGUAUAUCAAAGGGCACUUUGCAUUGAUUGAAUUUUGUGUGGCCUCCUCAUCCCCCUCUGUCCCUCUGAGCUCCCAUUGGCCUGCUUCUUUAUAAAGAGGAGUUUCUGCUUUGGAGAAUUAGCUUAAAGUAAACAAAGCAGUUCGUUCUUUUAAGCAGAUAGUCUUCUCUCGGCAGAUGAAUUUCUUUUUACCGUAGCUUUAUCGCAGCAUGAGGCAAACAGCUUACAGCUCAUUGUAUCCUGGCAGCACUCCACUGUGCUGUAGUUUGUAAUAGACUUACUAACAGUAAUAUUUAUAUUUAAAGAGGAAAAAAACACAAAGAAACUGUUUACAGAAGUCCUGCCUUCUCCUCCAGGUGAAAUAUUCACAUGUGUGUGUAAGACAAUUAUUUUGAUAGAGGCUGAGAGCCCUCCUGUACUACCAGUGCAUGGAACUCUAUCCCUCCUACUGACUCGUGUGAGCUGUGCUCCCAGUACAACUGGUUUGAAUGGUCCGGGGUGGGGGUGCUCAUCUUUUUAUGGUUAUUGGUGAAUGUACAUUUUUAACAUGUGUAUUGUGUGUAUUCUGACUGGAUAUAUAAUUGUGUGCAGUGCUGAGUGUUGUAUGUACUGUAUGUAAAAAGUGACUCAAAUGUGUGAGAUGCUCCAGCCCACUAUGACAUCUGAACUAACGUGACAGUUAAGCAAUAGUCUGGUUAAAUUAGUUUUCACUUCCUGUGCAGCCUUUGAGCUGCAGCCAAGUCUGUGGUUUUUCAGCGAUGAACAAAAUGCAUCUAAAUGCUGGUUGCUGGUGUGAAACUGACCGCUGUAAAGUAAAUGAAGUGGGCGCUAAAUGUGAAAAUAAACCUGUAAGCUAAUGAAAGGGAUACGACAGGUAUCAGAACCGGUCAAGAAAUGGAUUCUUUUGUGUUUUCUUAUGUUGGAUAUUACUGUGCCUCAGAAGCAAAUGUUAAAAACUCUAAAUUAAAGUCUUAAUGAAUGAAAUACA